AAUCAUAGUGAGUAGAAGUAGGAGAAAACAUGCCCAGCCAACCGCACACAUCAUCAUCAGCUAGGAAAAAGCGCGUAUACGAAUCACUGACAGACAACCCGUUUCGUCUGGCUACGUCAUUCGCUAUUCAGUUUAGAGAGUUUUCAGACGAAAAGCAAUAAGACAAAAACAUUAAUAUAAUUUAUUUCAGUAAAAGUUUUUGGUGACACACCUUUAGGAAGAUCAAUUAACAAUGAAUAAACAAAUUCUCAUCGUACUGCUGCUUGCCAGCUUAAGUUCUUUCGCCAUAGCGAAAAAGUUUAAAGAAGACGAAAAACCGGCUUGGGCCAAGAAGGAUAUUCGGGAUUAUACGGAUGCUGACCUGGAGCGACUAUUAGACCAGUGGGAGGAAGAUGAAGACCCCCUGGAACCGGACGAGCUGCCGGAACACCUCCGCCCAUCGGAACCGCUGGAUGUGUCCAAACUGGACAUGACAAAUCCGGAAAACGUGCUCAAAGCAUCUAAAAAGGGCAAAACGCUGAUGACCUUCGUGACCGUCAGUGGCAAUCCUACCCGAGCGGAAUCCGAAGAUAUCACCAAGCUGUGGCAAACGAGCCUGUGGAACAACCAUAUCCAAGCCGAGCGGUAUAUGAUCGAUGAUAAUCGGGCGAUUUUCAUGUUUAAAGAAGGUUCCCAAGCUUGGGAGGCGAAGGACUUCCUGGUGGAACAGGAACGAUGCCUGCAGGUGACAAUUGAGAACAAGGAUUACAAGGGCAAACACGUCAAGGAUGCAAACAGCGAUGAAUCGAAAGAUGAGCUGUAAAUAGGUGUUCGAUUUUUUGAGUGAAUAGGAAAAGGAUCUGAGUUUUUAUGUAAACCUAUAAAGAUAGGUUGUACUCUCUUGAUACGCAUUUGUUGUACUGAAUACCGGUCCAGAAGUAGUCUUUAAUGUUAUGAACUUGUUUGUUAGUGAUGAGAACUGAAUUAAAUGUAUUAUUCACUUAUUUUUGACUAUUAAGCUUGUCGUGGAAUAAAAUACAUUUGGUAGUGUUAUACUCCUAAGAUUAAUAAAGUAAAUUGAGUAUCUGAUUA